GGUGAUUUUUAUUGGCCACAACUCCUUCAUGGAUUACAUUUAUUUUCUGGAGUCCACAUUUUUUGAACACCCAAUUGUUAAUAGAUAAUCCUCAGUGUACACUUGCACUUUGCUUCCCCAAACACAAGGAACAGACAAGCCGGAGACUGACGUUUGUCGAUCAAACAUCAACCAAGACAACAUCAUGGAGCUUGCUGUGUUGUCCCUUCUGAUCUGUGCUUCCUCAUUCAUGCCUUCCCUCCAAUCUCCAGAACUUCACGCUCCUAACGUCACUGAUCUCACAUUUAAAAACAUUGACUUUGCUAUGAACCUUUAUCUUAAGAUUGCCAGCCGCCAUGAUAACAACAUUUUCAUCUCACCACUGAGCGUUUCUACAGCAUUCGCUGCACUUUCUUUGGCAGCCAGGAACGCCACUCGCAGUGAAAUCCUGUCAGGACUAAAUCUGGACACAUUGGAACAGGCCGGGCAGCUGGAACUCAUCCCACAACUCUUCCAGCACCUGCAGGGGAACAUCAGUCAAGCUGGUGCACUGAAGCUAGAACAGGGAACUGCACUCUUUGUGGACCUGCAUUUUCAAAUAGAGAAGGCUUUUGGUGAUCAGAUCAAGUUAUUCUUCAAUGCUGAUGUUGAGAAUGUGGACUUUAAAAAAUCCGAAAUCACCAAGGAGAUCAUUAAUAAGCACGUGAGGGAUAAAACCGGUGGUAAAGUGAAGGAGCUGUUGACUACCAUUGAUCCCUUCACUCGAAUGAUGCUGAUAAAUACUAUUUUCUUUCAGGGUUCCUGGAAGCUUCCUUUCAAUCCAAACAGCACUGAAAGUGGUCGCUUUUAUGUAGACAAAUACAACAUUGUCCAAGUUCCCAUGAUGUUGAAUGUGGACAAGUUCUCUGUUGCCAGUGAUGAUGAGCUUAGGGCAAAGGUGUUGCGUCUCCCUUAUUUGGGUGGUGCAGCUAUGCUCAUUGUCCUGCCUGACCUCCAUGUUGAUUACACUACUAUAGAUGAUGAGAUAAAUGCAGACAGAUUUCUUAGCUGGAUCAAGAAUAUGAAGCAGAAGAAACUGGAGGUCUCUCUGCCAAAAUUUACAAUGGAACAGUCCUAUGCUCUACACACCAUUCUACCAUCCAUGGGCAUUCAAGAUGUCUUCAAGGAUACUGCUAACUUCAAAGGCAUGAGCCAAGAGCCUGGUCUGAAAGUCUCCCAGGUUCUGCACAAAGCUGUGAUUGAGGUGGAUGAGGAAGGCACCAGAGCAGCAGCAGCCACAAGUGUGGGCAUCACACCAUACUCCAUGCCAGAACCUUUCACCGUGAACAGGCCUUUCAUCUUUUUUAUUUACCAUGAAGCAACCAACAGUCUGUUGUUUAUGGGCAGGGUAAUUGACCCCACUAAGAAAUAAACCAUAUGUACUGUCAGACAAAUGAAGUGCUUUUUUUUCGGCUAUGCUCAUGAAAUCUUCUGUCUUGUAACCAGAUGAUUGUUCUGUAUUAUAACAGAAUGUUGUUUUCUGUAUAUCACUGUUUCUUUCAUGAAACCAGGACUAGCAUAUUCAUUCUUUUACAUGUAAUAACUGGCGAAUUUAGGUAGGCCCUGAUUAUGUAGGCAUGUGCAGAUGAGGUGAUCAGUCAGUCAUCUAGAACUUUGUCAUCUAGUGUUGUAGACAGUCAUCUAGAACUCUACCUGAAUGAUAAAAUAACCUUUGCUUUCAUGUCAAAAUUUUUUUUUUUUUUUUUUUUUUGAAAUAUUAUAAGCCAAGUUUGCAUAAAUUUAUGUGACAAUGAAGCUGUAUUUAGGUUAAUAUACAUUCUGUAACACGAUUAUACUAACUGAAGUAUGGAUAGUGGCACAGUGGGUAGCAGAGCCACUGCAAAGUUCAAAGGUCCAGGGUUUUAUCCUAAACUCGGGUUACUGUCUCUGCACAUUUCCCCGUGUUUGGGUGAGUUUCCUCUGGGGUUCUCUGUUUUCCUCCCGCUAGCUCCAGACUCACUGUGACCAUGACCAGGAUAAAGUGGUUACUGAAAAUGAAUGAGAGUAUGGAUAGACUGUUAAUAUUGACCAAGUUCUAGUUCUUGACCACAUUUCUCAUUGUCUGUAUGAUGUCAUAAUAUGUGUGGCAAAAGAAACCAUCUGUCAUCAAUGAAUACUUUGUAGUCCA